AUGGUUGCUGUUGCAUAUGCAUUCUCGUUACUGACCGUUACGCUGAAAUGUCAGGUUUCAAUUCUGGCAGCCCAGCUUUGUUCCUCACUAAAAGAAAAGGAGGAAAGCUGGUAA